AUGUUAUCGGGACCAGCUGAAAUGGACGGCUUAAGUUUAUUAGCCCGUUUUUUCAACAAAAAAGAAUGCCAGUCAACGAAACAAAUGAAAAAAGAACCGUUAACAUUUUCAGUCCAAUUCCCUCCACCUGAAUGGAUAUGUAAUGCAAAUACGAUUAAUAUAAAUGACAAAUUUUUUAAAGACAAAUCAGUUCCAACGACUCAUAGAUUUUGUGCAUUUGCGGAUAAUUUUUGGGAUGAUGCAUUAAGGAAGCGAUAUCGAAUGAAAUAUCGUCGCUAUGGUGAUGAACGGUAUAUGUCAAGUAGUUCGGAAUGUUUGAAUUAUGGUCCAGUUGACCCACUAGAACGUUUACCAUUUUUCAACGAUGCUUUUAAAGGAAAACAUAUAAAACAACGGUCAGCAAAGCGACACGAUCGAAAAUUUAUCACUAAUGAUAUGACAAAUUCAACUCCUUUAAAUAAACGAUUGUCAGGUUCUAUAGAUAAUUUAGUUCCAACAGGUUCAGUUCUUCGAGGUUCAGAUUCAGCUUAUUCCCUUUCACCACUUGUUACUGAAAAUUCUAGGGAACGAUCGAAUAGUUCGUCAUCAUUAGCUAAUGAUAAUCACAGAAAAAGUAAUGAUCACACGUACAUCAAUAUCAGCGCCAGUAGUAAAAAUGAUAAGACUAAGUUUGAAGAAAUUAGUGAUCUUGAGAAAUCUUUGCCGUCAGCACUUCAUAUUUCGAAUGUUUAA